AUGUACUCCCCCUUGCCUUCAACAUCACCCUUCUAUACCACUCCAUCUUCAUCUCUUUCCCCAUCAUCAACCCCACUUCUUCCAUCCCUCUCCAUGGCUAUUGGGGCAUUAUCCAAUGCUUUGGGCCUCUGGAUCCUGGCUCGAGCCUACUCCCACUCCCGCCGCCUCCGACGUUCCAGAGCACAGUUUCUUCUCUUGGCUUCAGGGCUCCUUUUGACGGAUUUGGCUGGGCAUCUCAUAACCGGAUCCUUUGUCCUGUGGCUCUAUUCGUAUGGAGGAUUACCAAUGGCUGGAUGUCAAUUCCUUGGGGGAUGCAUGGUAUUUUUUGGCCUUUCCCCCCUCCUGCUUGGCCUACUCAUGGCAUGUGAACGUUGCCUCGGCCUUACAAGACCACUUUGGCAUUCAUCUGUAGUUACUCAAACCCGAGCUCGGAUUAGCUUAGCAUUGGCAUGGGCUGUAGCACUUCUGGUAUCCACCCUGCCAUUUCUUGGUUAUGGAACAUAUGGACUGCAGCCUUCAGGCACCUGGUGUUUUCUACAAGAGCCCCCUGGAUUUUGCUUACUGUUCUCUGGUCUGGGUCUGGGAUCACUGGUGACGGCUUUGGUGUGUAAUAUGGUUGUUGGAACUACUUUGCUUAAAGCUCGACUCAUACGAUCAUCGGGAGGGGACCGCAGAAGGCGUCGUCGGGGAACCCGUUCCCAUGACUUGGAAAUGAUGGUACAGCUGUUGGCAAUAACACUCGUCUCAUGUGUAUGCUGGAGCCCACUGCUGGUCUCUGUGGUGAUGUUACAGACUGGCACGCCUCUCCCUCGUCCUAAUUGGCUGCUCUUCACAGUGCGCUUAGCUUCAUGUAACCAGAUCCUGGAUCCGUGGGUGUACAUUCUGCUACGCCGCGCUGUUCUCCGCCGCCUCUGCAGCAUCAUUGUGAGAGUGGCACGUGUGCGAGGAGGGAAACCAAUCCGUUGGGACCCUGGGGAUUUUCAGAGUUCUGAUCGUAGUGAAAUCAGUCACCUAUAGGCUCUGUACAUGAGAAUAGUGUACAGAAGCAACAUGGAAACUCUGCCGAGACAACACCCUCUUAUCUUGGGUAUAGAGCAUACAGAACAGCAAAGAACCCUUCUUUGAGAGAAAGAGAACUCUGCCAUUUGCUCUUGCUCUUUGGGUGUUGUAUUACCACAGAUGACAUGAUGCUGUUGCAUUAGUAGUGAGCCUUUGUGUAAGUGAGGUGAUCCCAUUUGUGGUUACACAACCAUACACACACAGAUGCUGGCAGGUAACAGCUCUGCACUA